AUGUCCUCCAGAGACGACGAGUCCCGGGUCCUGGUCCUGGAGGAGCAAGUGGACAGUUUAUCAGACGAGUUGAUGCAAUGUCAGGCAGACAAGGAGUUUGUGUGGUCCCUAUGGAAACGCCUGCAAGUGGCAAAUCCAGACUUGACCCAGGCUGUCAGUCUGGUGGUUGAGCGUGAGAAACACAAAGCCGAGAUUAAGGACAGGAAGGUGUUGGAGAUCUUCCAGAUCAAAGACAACAAUUUACAGGAGCUGGAACAGAAAGUGGAAGUGCAACAGCAAGAGAUCAACAACCUGGUGCAGCGGAGGACGACAGUGAAUGAGGACAGUGCCUCAAUGGAGAAGGAGCUGACAGCUCUGCGUGAACAACUCAGCGAUAAGGAGCAGGAACUUAAGGAAAUGAAGACGGAGUGUAGGAGGAAGGAGGAGGAGGAGCGGCAGGUGGUGCAGGCUCUAGAGGAGGAGAAAGAGGGAUUAACUUCCCGCUGGGCCGCCCUACAAGCUGACCUGGAGGAGAAAGAGAGGCAGGCCGACACCCAACAAGACCACAGGGAUGCUGCCCAGGCCAGAGUCAAGGAGCUGGAGGAGGAGCUACAUAAUACCUGGAAGGAGUUGUCUAGCUUGCAGAGCCACGGUAGCAGUCAAGCAGACCAGAUUUCUUCCAAAGAGAGGGAGGUGGCAGCGAAAGAAGAGCAACUCAGUCAACUUCGACGUGAGUUUGCAGAAGUGCAGACUCUGUACAGACAGAGCUCAAACCAUGCAGCAGAGCAGAGCCAUCUGAUCAAGCAACUGGAAGGACUCAACCUGGACACACAGAGAGUCCUGAGGAACCAAGAAGAGGCGCACACUGCUGACACCACCUCCUACCAGAGGCUGUACAAGGAGUUGAGUCAAUGCUACCAGGCCCUCGUGUCCAGCGAGGCCAAGCUCCGUCAGAGUCACCAGGAGCUGGGCAGCCGGCUGGCUCAGAAAGACCAACACAUCCUGCAACUCCAGGCCCAGCUUCAACAGCAGGAGCAGGAGAAAAUACAACUGCAGCAGCAACAACAGCAGCUACAGGCUCAGCAGACAACAACUAACUCCUCAACCAACAGACAAACCAACUUUAAGGCAGUGGUGUCAGAGCAGGAUCAUGCCGUAGCUCAGAGUCGUAGCCCGUCUGACCAGAGCUCCAAACGAGGAGCAGACCCCAGGCCAGAGGACAAGAGCCCACAACGCAGAUCCACCAGCUCCCUAAAAAGACAUCAGAGUGCACCUGUGCAGCGGUCCAGGUCCCUGUCCCCAGCCAGCAGUGCUGACUUGGAGAGUGGGAGGAGAGGAAGAGCAGAACACAGGGUUCAAGACCUAGAGGAGCUGCUGCAGCUGAAGAUGGAGGAGAAUGAAGAGCUGAGGAGGGCUCACAAUAAGCGACGAGAACGUCUGUGUCUGAUUCAAGCCAACUACAAGAGCAUCAGAGACCAGCUGAAAGAGAUGGAGAAAUCCCACGGCUUGCCCGGUGGAAGGAUGCAGCGUGCCGAGCCGUGGCAGCUCAGACAAGAGAACAGUGAUGCAGUGUGGAAUGAACUGACCUACCUGAAAAACCUCACCAGGAAACUCUCCACUGAAAAAGCCGGCUUGGAAGAGCAGAUGGACAUGUUGCGAGUCCAGGCAGCGAUGGACCGGGCCACAGUGAAGGAGCUCCACCUGUGUCUUACCAGUGAACACCAAGAAUUGCUUCACAAAGUGGUGGAGGAACGCCAGGUCAAAAGCAGCACUCCGAAAAAGCCGUCUGUUUCUGCCGAACGAGUGGAACAGUCAUUUAAAAAGAUUGAGCAGCUGGAGUGGAAGAUGAAGUCCCUGGACGCGGAGACAGAGAGUCUGAGGGAAGAGAAAGAACACUUAGUUGAGGCCAACAAAGACUUGGCCCUCAACUGCCACAGACUCCAAGCCUCCCUGGAUCGCCUGCGGACCCAGGAAGCUGCUCGUGAAGAGGCAGCCCAGGACCAGGCCCUGGUCCAGGGGGAGCAGCACCGCAACGAGAUCAUGGCUGUCGAAGCCCGGCUGGCUGCGUCUCAGAAAGAGGCUACCAGGCUUCAUCCUCAGCUGCUGAGGCUGAGACAGGAGCUGGGGAUUCUCAGAGCAGCCAGGGACUUCUACAGGAACCAUGCAGCAGGGCCAGUGCGGGCAGGUGGGAUCGCUAGCAACAUUAGCAGCAAGGUUAAAUUCAAAACAACUCGGCUCAGAGGUCCACCACAGCAGCGCCGCCACCGAGCAGUCAGCCCCAAUCAAGCCAUCAGCCGGCAAGGCCGCAGCCCCAGUCCCACUAAGGACGAGUGGGAGGACAUGAGCGUAGAUAGUGACAGCGGUGAGGAGUACUUGGACAGUCUCGACAGUGCGCCCUCAGGGAAAGCACCUCGCAGACAACAUGCAAACCGAAAGUCCUACAGGUGUUCACGGAUCUCAGAAGCCCCAGAAGCUGAAUCUCACAGAAAACAACCCAAUGUUCCUGCCCGAGACGAUAAACAGCAUGAGCCCUGGGAACUAGGGACGAGAGGAGAGAAAAGGAGGUGGAGGAAGAAGAGGAUGCUGAGGACCCAGCGCUGCUCCUCCUCCUCUGCUCUGCAGCAGCGCGUAGAGUCCCUACAGCGUCACAUUGACAUACUGCAAGGUGCCAGGAAAGAUGCUGUGCUUUCAGCCAAAGAGCUGCGGAGGGCCAAUGAGAAGAUCGUGGCACGGCUCAACUCCCUCACUGAGAAACUCGGCAGCAGGAAGCAGCUCACACAGAAGCUGACCUCCGACCUGUCCGGUGUGGAGCAGCAGAAAAAGGUUCUGGAGAUGGAGCUGGAGCAGUGGAGGCAGAUCACUUUCCCUCAGCAAACCCCACCACCUCCACCAGCACCUGUAAACGCAGAGUGCUCCUGCCAGGGCAGAACCAUCCCCUCCCCAGCUAACCCGGCCCCCCAGGCCCUGGAGGCUGAAGUCAAACAACUCCAAGCUAGACUUAAGAGUGCAAGUGCGGAGGUCACAAGGCAGGUGGCAGCUAACAAAGCCCUGCGAGGCCAACUCCAGGAGAAGGAGGACAAGCUCCGCCAGCUGCAGGACAAGGCGAGCCACACGGAGCGAGACGUGCACAUGAAAAGGCAGCUGGUGGAGGACAUGAAGACGAGGCUGAAGUUCCUGCAGGAGAUGGAGAAAAGUUACAGAGGGCAAGUGGAGGAGCUGGAGAAGAAGGUGAAAACUUUAUCGGAAGAGGGCAAUAACAGGAAGGCCCUGAUCGAAUCUCUCAAGAGAAGAUUGAAUGUUGCAACCACAGAGAAAACCCAGCAUGAGGCCUCCAGCACAAAACUGAAGGAAGAGCUGGAAAAAAAGGAUCAGCGCGUUCAUGCCCUACAGGCUCGCUUAGGAGCCAGUGAGAAGGCUUUGGCAUCAUUGGACCAGACGGCCGCUGAGCAAAUGGAAGGGUUGACCCAAAAGAGUUCCCAUGCUUUGGAAAGGCUGCAGAGACAGCUAGGCUUUGUCUACUCUCAGCUGGAACAGCUUCAUGCUUUCAUCAAGGCCCUGGCCAGUGAAAUACUUUUAGACGUUCAAGAGGUCAAGCAGCAGUUGAUGAAGAGGAGGAGGUUGAGGCAGGCCAACGCUGUGGCAGUGAGAGGCGGCCUCUCAGCCAAGUCGAUGAUCAAAGCCAAAUCCAUCGCUGCCUCCAUUCUCAACAUGUCAGAGAAUGAUCUCGCGGACAUAAUGGACCCUGAUCAGGGAACAGAGGCUCGUUCAGAGGGUCCAACAGACCGGGAGUGGCUCGACCAUCUAAACCACAUCCUGCAGCAAAAGAUCCCCUCUGCCGGCCAGCUAAUGGAGGCUGUGCGUGUGAAGAUGAAGGAGAGGAAAGUGCUGACAGAAGAGCUGGCCACGCUCGCAACACCAGUCAGCGAAAAAGCCUGA